AGUAAUGAAUGGAUAAGCGAAGAAUCCAGCAAAGUUCAGAAAGUUGCUAUGUGGUCGGAUAAAAUGAUUUCAUCGAUCCAGGGAUUUUCAGCGCAAGAUGGAGGGGCCGGGGUAGUUGGAUAAGUUACUCAAGAGCAAAAAAUCCAAACUGAACACUUUUUCUCACGUUUGAGAUACAAGUAGUCUACGCGCAGCCUUUGCUGUAACAAAGGUUUACUAUAUUGAUGCAAUAUGGGACUGAUGUGGCCGACGAACUGAACUAGGAAUGUAAAAUCCGGACGGAAAUACAAUACCAAUCCGUUGAAUCGGAAUUGCGUAUAGCCUACUACUGAUUUUCUUUGGGGUUAAUUACAGAUUUGUUCGAACCAGGGCACACAGGGAACUGGGACGAAGGAAAGGAUUUUCUUCAAAGGAUACAGAUUAUUUUUCUUAAUUUAACCAUGGGGAAUAUUGAGAGUGUGGACGGACAGUCAGAAAUGAAGACUCAUAUAAUGCCAUUAAAGGUCCCUAUGCCAGAUGCCAUUGAACUGGAAGAGAGAUUUGCAUUAGUUUUGAACUCCAUGAAUCUCCCCCCGGACAAAGCCCGUCUCCUACGCCAGUACGACAACGAGAAGAAGUGGGAGCUCAUCUGUGACCAGGAGCGGUUUCAGGUGAAGAACCCGCCCCACACCUACAUUCACAAACUGCGGGGCUACCUGGACCAAGGUGUCACUCGUAAGAAAUUUCGCCGCCGGGUCCAGGAGUCAACCAAAGUCCUGCGGGAGCUGGAGAUUUCGCUAAGGACCAAUUACAUUGGGUGGGUUCGGGAGUUCCUGAACGAUGAGAACCGAGGUCUGGACAUCCUGGUGGAGUACCUGUCCUUCGCGCAGUGUGCCGUCAUGUUGGAUUUUGAGGGAUUGGAGAAAGGGGAGGAGGGGUAUUUGGAGAGGACCAGGUCCUGGAGCAGGUCUAUGGAGGAUCUGCCCCUGAGUGACAGCCAGGCCUUCUGCAACACGCUGACCCGCUCUGCCCGCCAGUCUGUGCUUCGCUACAACACCAUGACCAACAGCAAGGCCAUCAAGAACUCCCGGCUCAUCAGCCAGAAGGAUGACGUGCACGUGUGCAUCAUGUGCCUACGGGCGGUCAUGAACUACCAGUACGGAUUCAACCAGGUGAUGUCUCACGCGCACGCGGUGAAUGAAAUCGCCCUCAGCCUCAACAACAAGAACUCCAGGACGAAGGCUCUGGUGCUGGAGCUCCUGGCUGCAGUGUGCCUGGUCCGGGGUGGGCACGAAAUCAUUCUUUCUGCAUUCGACAACUUCAAAGAGGUGUGCAAGGAGAAGCAUCGUUUUGAGAAGCUGAUGGAGUACUUCCGCUGUGAAGAUGGAAACAUUGACUUCAUGGUUGCCUGCAUGCAGUUCAUCAAUAUUGUGGUCCAUUCGGUGGAGGACAUGAACUUUCGAGUCCACUUGCAAUACGAGUUCACCAAGCUGGGCUUAGACGACUUCCUGGAGAAGUCCCGGCACACGGAGAGCGAUAAGCUGCAGGUGCAGAUCCAGGCGUACCUGGACAAUGUGUUCGACGUCGGGGGGCUGCUGGAGGACGCUGAGACUAAGAACGUGGCCCUGGAGAAGGUGGAGGAGCUGGAGGAGCACCUGUCACAUGUGACAGAGAAGUUGCUGGACUUAGAGAAUGAAACGGUGAUGAAGGUGGCUGACCUGGAGAUGCGUCUCCUGUAUAAGGAAAAGGAGCUCAUUGCAGUCAAGGAGACGUGCGAGUCCACCAGCACGCAGGUGCGGACGCUCCGGCGGAUGGUGAAGGAGAAGGAGGCGGAGGCGCGGCGGCAGAGCCAGAUGGAGCGCCGGCUGAUGGAGCUGGAGCAGCAGGGCGCCGUCCGGCUGAGCGGCCACGAGGACGGCCCGCUCGCCGUCCAGACGCCGGGGCGGGGCGGGGGGGAGGCUCACAGGGCCGGCGGAGACGCCCCCGGCCCCGCCGCCCAACCCUCGCCUCCUCCCCCCCCUCCCCCUCCUCCCCCUCCCCCACCUCUGCCCUCAGCCCCAGGUGCAGGGGAGUUCAUGCCAGUUCCCCCCCCCCCUCCGGCCCCACCUUUGCCAGGACUGUCGCCAUCUGUCAUCCUUACCGUCGGCCUAUCAGCCAUCAGGAUAAAGAAGCCCAUCAAGACCAAAUUCCGCCUGCCUGUGUUCAACUGGACCGCCCUCAAACCCAACCAGAUCAACGGCACGGUCUUCAACGAGAUUGACGACGAGCGUGUUCUGGAGGAGCUGGACAUGGAUAAGUUUGAGGAGCUGUUUAAGACGCGAGCACAGGGGGCCAUGAUAGACCUCUCCUGUCCGAAGAACAAAGUGUCGCAAAAGGUGGUGAACAAGGUGACCCUGCUGGAUUCCAACCGCUCCAAGAACCUGGCCAUCACUCUGCGCAAGGCCAGCCGGAGCAGCGAGGACAUCUGCAAGGCCAUCCAGACGUUUGACCUGAAGGCGCUGCCAGUGGACUUUGUGGAGUGUCUGACGCGGUUUCUCCCCACGGAGGCGGAGUCUAAGAUGAUGCGUCAGUACGAGCGGGACCGGCGGCCGCUCGACCAGCUGGCCGAGGAGGACCGCUUCAUGCUGCUCUUCAGCAGGAUCGAGCGCCUCACCCAGCGCAUGAGCAUCAUCACCUUCGUGGGCAACUUCUCCGACAGCAUCAACAUGCUCACCCCCCAACUCAAUGCUAUUAUUGUUGCCUCAGCCUCAGUCAAGUCCUCUCCCAAACUGAAGAGAAUGUUGGAGAUCAUCUUAGCCCUGGGGAACUACAUGAACAGCAGCAAGAGAGGCUCCGUUUAUGGGUUUAAACUACAGAGUUUGGAUCUGCUGUUGGACACCAAGUCGACGGACAGGAAGAUGACACUUCUGCACUACAUCGCCAUCGUUGUCAAGGAGAAGUACUGCGACUUGGCAAACUUCUACAACGAGCUGCACUUUGUGGACAAGGCUGCUGCAGUUUCCCUGGAGAAUGUGCUGCUGGACGUUCGGGAGCUGGGAAAGGGCAUGGAUCUGAUCCGGAGGGAGUGCAGCCUACACGACCACCCCAUCCUCAAAGGCUUCCUGCAGGCCAGCGACCCCCAGCUCGACAAACUGCAGAGAGACGCCAAGACCGCUGAGGAGGCCUUCAACAACGUGGUGAACUUCUUUGGCGAGAGUGCCAAGACCACGCCCCCCUCCGUGUUCUUCCCAGUGUUUGUGCGCUUCAUCAAGGCUUACAAGGAUGCAGUGGAGGAAAAUGAACAGAAGAAGAAGCAGGAGGAGGCCAUGAGGGAGAAGCUCCUUGCACAGGAGGCCAAGCAGAAAGACCCCAAGGUGCAGGCGCAGAAGAAGAGGCAGCAGCAGCACGAGAUGAUCGCAGAGCUGCGCAGACGGCAGGCGAAGGACCACCGGCCCGUGUACGAGGGCAAGGACGGCACCAUCGAGGACAUCAUCACAGUUCUGAAGAGCGUGCCCUUCACCGCCCGCACUGCCAAGCGCGGCUCCCGUUUCUUUUGUGAAGCCAACCUCUGCGACGAGUCCAACUGCUAGCUCCGCCCCCAGUCCCUCCUCCCGACCCCCCCAGGUUGUCCGGACCUCCGCCCCGCCCCGCCCGUGCAUGCCUGUACAAACCUGCAUGCCCUACGUCGCCUGCACCCACCCUCAACUAACCUGGGAAACCCCCGACGCGUUUUCUCUCUCACCUUUGACCUUAUAAAGCACUCUUCACAAGUAUCAUUCAGCCCUCUUCAGGGUAUAACCCACUGCUUUCAUCUGAGGGCCGCUUCACCAGAAGAAAAAUAUACGCUGUAAUUCGCCAAAACUAAAAGUGAGAAACGAUUCAGUUUUUCUUUACGUUGAUGAUUCCGAACCCCUUCGUGUUGUUCUGUAACAGAGGUGGAACAGCGGUCCUCAGCCACUCCAGGGGCCUCAUGUAUAAUUGAGAUCGAUUUGUUUUUGCCUAAUUUAUAGGCCUACAUCAUAGGGAAAAAGGCUCAGGAAGCAUCACGCAAAUGAUCCAACAUACAGCGUUUCAUACAGCGUUUCAUACAGUGCUUCAUACAGCGUUUCAUAUAGCAUCCCACAACCUAGAGAGAGAGGGAGAGAUCUAAAAUCAAGGUGGUUUUAGUGUCAUAGCAAACAAACCUUGUUAUUUACCUUAGUUAACUAUUACUUUUGUUAAUGCUCAUUAUAGGUGCAUAGAAUAGACAGUUGUGAAAUAUUUAAAUCUUACACGUGAAAAUGAGUCCAUGCCAUUACCCAGAGCCAACCUAUCAAAGCUUGCCAAGCAAGAUAUUUUGUUCUGCUGGAUACAAUACUCUUGAUGGGACCAAACAAAAGUUAUGCUCUUGCCUGCAACUCUGUUAACAUUACUUCAUUAUCGCAUUCAGAGAAUUUUACUUGCCAUUUAGAAAAAUGCUGCAAUGAUGUUUUGCUACAAUUACGUUAUUUGGAACAGAUUUACUGCCAUUUGAAAGCGGCUUAAACAGCUAAAUAAGAUGCACAAAGCCACCAUAUUAGGAUAAUUGAGCGUGCUUAUGAAUCAUGCGUAUGCAUGGUUUAGUAGCUGGUCGUACAGUUAAAUGUAGGAUGAAAUCCACGCAAAUUCCAUGCAUGAGGCCCCAGGUUUUACUUGAAGCAGGUUUAGCCUGGAGAAGAAACUGCUUGUGGAUGAUGUGCCAACUUUCUUAUGCUAAGACCUGCGCUGGAUUCCAUCUCUGAUGUAGCCGAAACGGUUCCCUUUGAAGAGCAUGUUUGGAAUUGAAUGGAGACAUAAAAACAGACGUUUCUCAACCUCAUCUUCAUCAGUAAAAGCAUUCUGGCUGUCGCAUGUCAGUCCUUCUAACAGAAUUAACAGAAACAUUCUCCAUUUUAGCAGCUCGUCUUAUCCAUGGAGGACCAUCUGUUUCUGGGGUUUUUAUUCUAAUCUCUACCUCUAAGACUUCAGAAGAUACUUCAUUAACCUAUAGUUAGUGUUUUUUAUGUUUGGUCACAGAAUCUUUUUUAUGAUUGUCAUCAUAUAAUAGGUGAAAUUGUAUGAUUAAAUGUCAUAUCGCCCUCCCUUAAAUCACAUGCUUGUGUUUUUACUCAAGAAUAUUUAUAUACACUCAGUGAGCACUUCAUUAGGUAUUUCUUAGACUUUUGUAGCCUAUCCACUUUGAGUUAUGAUGCGUUGUUUGUUCAGAGAUGCUCUUCUGCAUACCACUGUUGUAAUGUGUGGUUAUUUGCGUUACUGUCACCUUCCUGUCAGCAGUUUCUGAGAUACUGCUGUCUGCCACCAACAAUCAUUCCACGGUCACUUAGAUCAAAUUUCUUCCCCAUUCUGAUGGUUGAUGUGAACAUUAACUGAAGUUCCUGACCCGUAUCUACAUGAUUAUAUGCAUUGCACAGCUGCCACACAAUUGGCUGAUUAAAUAAUCGCAUGAAUAAGUAAGUAUAAUAAAGUAAAAAUGUUACUAAUAAAGUGCUCAGUGAGUGUAUACAUAUACAUAUUAAAAAUGUGUUUUUUAAAGUGCAUGUGUAAAUGUAAUUGACAUAACUGAAUCUUAUUUGAACCCAAAACACAGAGGGGGCUCCAGGAAUGUCCCAUUCAUUUGACCCCCUACCCUGGACUAACACUCAUUUUACCUCCUCUCUCCCUCCUCACUCUUUCUGUUACUUUAUUCCUUUUUGGCCUCCAUGCAGCCGGGGUGCAGUUGGAUCUGGGCUCAUUUUAAACAGCAGGUUCUAAACAGCGGGUAAGGGUGGCUGUAGCUCCGCCCGCUUUCUGCCAGCCACGCCUGCUGUGACGUCAAGCCCCGCCCAGCUCUGAGCUCAUCCUCCUAUCGCAGGGAUCCUUAUUUUCCACAGCAGUCAGGACAGAAGCAGUCACAUAGAGUAUUAAAGAGAUGCAUGUUUAGGGAGAAGAAACCACAGCUUGCACACACGAGUGACCGUGCUGUGUCAGGGAGAUUUCAUGAAAGCUCUCUCUCUCUUGGGAGAGACACAGUAUGCUGCAGAAACUCUGGUUUGAACCAGGCUGUGGAGACAUUUCUAUUUGUUCAGUGAGUUGUGGCUUACAGAUUUUAGGGGUUUGUGAAACAGUCUC